AUGGCUGCUAAGAACUUGCAAGUUGGCUGGUAUGGCCUUGGAUCUAUGGGCAAGCCCAUGGCAGAGAACCUCCAAAAGUACCUGGCGAAAAAUGACCAAUCGCUCAUCUUCAACAACCGCACAAUGGCUUCUGGCGACAACCUGAAAAGUCUUGGCGCAUCGCCGGCGUCGAGUUUCGGCGAGUUGGUCCAGAAGAGCGACGUCGUUUUCACAAUGGACCUGUCCGGCAAGAUUUUCGUCGACUGCUCAACCGUGCAUCCAGAUACCACAAAAGCCGUGACCGAAGAGAUUAGCAAGCACAAGGCAACUUUCCUCGCAGCACCCAUGUUCGGCGGCCCAGCAAUUGCCGCACCCGGAAAACUGGUUGUUGCAAUUGGAGGACCUUCAUCAGCUGUCGAGACCAUCAAACCUUACUUCCAGGAUGUAAUUGCUAGAAAGGUUAUUGUGUGCAAGGAAGAGCCGCAAAGUGCUUCUAUGCUGAAGAUUGCUNNGGGUAAAAACAUCAUCACAGUAAACCUCAUGGAAGCAGUCAGCGAGGCCCAAGUUUUCGCCGAACAGACUGGUAUUGGCUGUGGCCCCAUGGAAGAACUUAUUACCGAAGGUUUCGGUCCCGUCGCUGGCGGCUACUCUGGCCGCAUGACAAGCGGCAACUACGCACCACCACUCGACAAGCGCCCUGGUUUCGGUGUCUCGCUCUCAAUCAAGGAUGCUGAUUACGCCAUGGCCAUCGCCAAGGAGAAGGGCGUCAAGUUGCCUGCGACCGAGGUGGCGAACAAGAACAUGAAGGCUGCGAGGGAGGAGCAUGGCGAGGUUCUGGAUUGCGCCUCUAUGUAUGGUACGUUGAGNAAGGAGGCUGGCCUCAACUUCUUCAACGAGAAGAGCAGGCAAAGCGAUGAGUAA